UUUUUCCCUUUUUGAAGAAAGACAGAGGCCCUGGGCUGUUACCUGUUCUUUUAGUUGUCAUUCACUUGCAUUUAACUUCUGUUCUAAGUGUAUUGUUGGCUAAAUAACAGUGCUGCUGACAGAACUAUCAAGUUUUCUUCCUCUGCUCAGCCUUUGUGAUUAUGGUACCCAUCCACCCUUACCUGCUGCAGCUGCUGAUGGAAAAGGAAGGGUGGAAGAUGGCCUGUGUCUGCCUGCAAGCUGUGAUCUGUAUCCUGAAAAAGUAAUUCUGCGUUUUUUGUUUAGUUGGUUCCUUCUCUGACCCUUUUUGUGUCCAGAUUCAGAUGAUUUUCUGAGACUCCUUUUUGUCUCAGCCUUUCCUGCAGCAGGGACUCUGGCAGUUUUGCAGUUCUCCAUUUGUUUUGCACACAGAAGGCAGGCGAUGCUUCGCUGCUGUUCUGAUUCUUUCUCCCCCUGCACAUAGAGUUAACUGAAGGUAGCUGGGAUAUUUUGAUAUGGCCUUCUAUGCCAGACUGUACCUUACUUCCUUCAUUCUGUAGUAACACUAAUCCACAAAUAACAAAUUGACUGCAUUCUGUAUCAAGCUAUUUAAAAAACAAAUACCAGGGAAAGAAAUCUGUGUUGUGAUUUUUGUCUCGCAGUUACAUGCAGUGCAGGCACUCUGUCUGGUUCUGCCUAUUGACUUCAGCAUCAAAUGGAUCUGAACAACAAGCUUCUGUUUAUCUGUACUUUUGGAACUUGCUUUGUCAGUUCUGAGCACUUUUUAUUUUCUUUUUUCCUUUUGAAAUGCUUGACCUUAGCACGCAUUACUCAACAUGGAGCAGCUUCUGUCAGUGUCAGUAAGACACUUAAAAAACUGCUUUGGAGGAGGUGCUGGAAGUUUUGGAGGUUAAUAUUAGUGGCCUUAAUGCCAGUUUUAGAUAAUCAGCCUUAAUUUUUCUCCCAACAAGGAUGAAAUGGAGAUGAAGUAAGGCACGAUGUCAGCCAGGCUUCAGAACAGAAGCAAAUAAAACAAACAGUGCAGAACUUUGUCAUCCCUUUAAAAUUCUUUUUGAAAGCCUCUGCCAACUUGCAGUCAUUGCAGACAUGAAAAUAUUGGAGGACAACAAAAUGUAAUGGCGUGCUCUUGUUUUCUUUAACUACAUCCACUUUGAGAUCGUGUUUUAUUGCAAAAUUAAUUCUUUGUUUCUUAGUUAAGCAUUUAAGUGGCAACUGAGCUUUCAGUUUUCCAUUAGAAGAACCACUUUAUUUUUUCUCCCAGCACUAUAAUUUUAAUGUUACCACAAAAUUGACUUUCUCUUGAAUGAGAAAUCGUACAACUUGGUUACAGGUCAUUACGCUCUGAGUGAGAACAGUUCUGGUCAAGAGCAUCAGGAAGUAUUUGUGUGGUUGUAGGAAUGAGCGCAGGUUUAGCACUGGGACAGCUUUGGGCAUCUUAUGGGGAAUGUUAUAGGAUCAAAGGAUGGGCUGAGUUGAAAAGGACCACAAUGAUCACUCAGAUCCAACCCUCUGCUGUGCACAGGGUCACCAACCAGCAGCCCAGGCUGCCCAGAGCCACAUCCAGCCUGGCCUUGAAUGCCUGCAGGGAUGGGGAUCCACAGCCUCCUUGUCUUCUGCCACUGUUGCAGAAGUUCUGAAUGUGGCAGUUUUUCUGGGUUUUCUUUCUUAAAAUUCAAUAAAGAGCCCAAAGGCUAAGCAGAAAGAUGGAACAGAAUGUCCUGGAGAGCACCAUCAGCAUCCCGACAGCAGACCACGAUUUGCUGAGUGCCUUAGACUGGAAAGACGGCAUUGGUACCUUACCCAGUAGCAACAUACAAUACUUUUUAAAUGAGUUUGGAAUGCUAGAAAUCAUUACUGAAGUAGAAGCAGAAAAAGCAGAAGCCUUAGAAACUCUUUCAGCCUCAGCAAUAAAUGCCAGUCCAGCCAGCAUUGCUCCUGCUGCUAUCAACACUCCCGCUGCCUUUAGCACUGCUUUGGAAGUGCCCAAAGACGACGUGCCCUGUUCUGAUUUCCCGACUUGCAAGCAAAUGGAUUGCUUUGAGAACGGGAAGUUUUGUGCUCAAACAGGCUCACAGCAUCACAGGGACAGUGAUACCAAAGAAAUUCCAGAUGGUUGCAGAAACAGGGGAAGUGGUAGAAAUCUUAAUGCCAGCAUUGGCUGUCAGGUAAACGAGGCUGACAGACCUGUGAAACGGCUCAGAAGAAAGAGAAGAUUGCUUUUGGAGUCUGAGGAUGAUGAGGAAAAUGCGUAUGAGGAAGAGGAGAAGAAUAAAUCAAAUAAUAUGAAAAGCCGCAGAAACAGUAAACCAAUAAAACAAGUUGUUCCUGCAAAGAAGAAGGUGUGGAACUGGAUUUCCUACUUAGAAGAGGAACGGAUGCCGGCUGCUCCCCUCAAGCUGUUCAGAGAGUCUCAGUCAUUCCCACAAGGCCGGAAUGGAUUUAAAGUUGGAAUGAAACUGGAAGGGCUGGAUCCUGAGCACCCCUCUCGAUUCUGUGUUCUUACAGUGGCAGAGGUACAAGGAUACAGAAUGCGAUUGCAUUUUGAUGGCUAUCCGGAGUGCUAUGACUUCUGGGUUAAUGCUGAUUCCUCAGACAUCCAUCCUGUUGGCUGGUGUGAAAAAACGAGUCAUAAGCUGCUCCCUCCUAAAGGUUUCAAGGAGGGAGAAUUUAAUUGGACUUCCUAUCUGAAGAACUGCAAAGCUCAAGCAGCUCCGAAAAGCCUUUUUAAGACCCUCAGCACUCCUGUCACGCCAUCUGGUUUUCGUCUGGGAAUGAAACUAGAGGCAGUGGACAAGAAGCAUCCAUCUCUGAUGUGCGUUGCAACCAUCAGUGACAUGGUGGAUAACCGCCUGCUGAUUCAUUUUGAUAACUGGGAUGAGACUUAUGACUACUGGUGUGAAUCUAGCAGCCCAUAUAUUCGUCCUGUUGGCUACUGCCAAGAAACUGGAACCCCACUGACAACACCACCUGGAUACAAGGAUCCCAAAGCCUUCUCAUGGGAGAAAUAUUUGGUAGAGACCAACUCUCAGGCAGCCCCAGCAAGAGCAUUCAAGCUGCGUCCUGCUCACGGAUUUCAAGUUAAUAUGAAGUUGGAGGCUGUAGACAAAAGAAAUCCCAUCUUGAUAAGAGUGGCAACCAUAACUGACAGAGAUGACCAUCGGAUUAAGAUACAUUUUGAUGGCUGGGACUGUAACUAUGAUUUCUGGGUCGAUGCAGACAGCCCUGAUGUUCAUCCAGUAGGCUGGUGUGCGAAAACUGGACACGCUUUGCAAGUCCCUCUAGGUGCUGUUGAUCCUGUGGGAACAGUGGGACAAACGUGUCCCACUCCAGGCUGUCAUGGCAUUGGUCAUGUCAGGGGGCCACGAUAUGGAACGCAUUAUACGUUGGUUGGCUGCCCAUAUUCUGAUGUGAACCUCAACAAAGAAAACGUGUUACAGGACCGCCUAGGUGGGGAGAGGCCUUCCCCCAGCAGCAGCCUGCAGAAAGCCAAGAGGCUGGAGACCCCAGCCCAAGUUCUGCUCAGAGCAGCAGAGUCUUCUCAGGAGGAGUCUCCACAAUUCAGGAAAUCUGCACAAGAGAGUGAAAAGUCAUGUCAAAGCAGCAUUCAGAGUCCAUCAGAGCAGUCUGAAAGCUGUGAAGCAAAAGACAGGGUAGAAGAGAAACCCUCUGGAAACAUCAAAGCCAAACCCAAAAAGCUUGGAUGCUCACAUGCCUACAUAAAGUUGCAGCUGGUGAAACAGGAAAACGACGGGAAAGACCUCGAUUUCAACCUCCAGCAGGCCCUCCACCAGUCCAUCUUCAUGCCUGCCCUGGACUCUAACCCCAGCCACCGCCUCCAUCUCUGCUGGGAGCAGCACUGCAGGCUCUUGCCGGAGGUCUCGGGCCUCACAGCCAAACAUGUGUCCAAGUGGACUGUGGAAGAGGUGGUAAACUUUAUCCAGCGUUUACCUGGUUGCAAAGAACAAGCAGCUGUGUUCAGGGAAGAGCAGAUAGAUGGUGAGGCCUUCCUGCUCCUGAACCAGAAUGACUUGGUUAAAAUACUCAAUAUCAAGCUGGGUCCUGCCCUGAAGGUCUACAAUGCCAUUCUCAUGCUCAAGUCUGCAGAAGAAGAGUGAGAAGAGCCCUUC